UAGUUAAUAAAUGAAGUUCAAAAACAUCGUAGUAGUCCGUGCAAAUUUAAUUUUAAACUAAAUUCGUUUGUAUUUUACGAUCCGUCGUGCCCUGAGGUAGGAGAAAUGGACGAUGAAGACGAAAUUGACGAAGGAAUAAAUGAUACUGCUGUUUGGGAUGAGAUGAGAAUACGAAUGUCAAGGCAACUUAAGACAGAAGCAGAAGGAAGCCAACAGCAUGAUACGUCUGACCCAUCAGCUCCAGAAAUGUUGUUUCCACCGGUGCAUCCUUUAUUGAAUCUUAGAAAGUGUGUAGAACAUAAUAAGCAAGCGGUAGAUUAUUCAAUUUCAAACCAAAUCAAAUCUAAAAGUGAUAAGAUUGACAUCGCCUCUAGUUGGGAAGACAUCGAAAAGAAAAAAGGAGACCUACAAGAGCUUUUCGUGAACGCGGAGAAAGGCAUAAAAGAAAACCAAGCUUCUAAAGCAAGAUUUCAUGAGAUAAUAAAGGAAAAUGACAGAUACAAAGUAGUCGUGGAAAAAGGAAUUGAAGCGACUCAAGAAAAUUUAAAGGAAUAUAGACAUAUUGAACAACAGUUUAAACAAUAUUUAGACAAAUACUCCAUAUUUGAAAACUUUCUGGAGAGUGUGUCAGGAAAUGAGGAAAACUGGAGGACGGUGAGAGACGUUCUAGAUAGGUACGAGACUCUUCGCAGAACCCAUGAGGAAUGCGGGAGGAUUCUGGAGCAGGAACUAGAGGAGGCAGCAGAGUUGAGGAAAAAAAUGUUGGUGGUGCUGGAAGAUAAAUCUUCAGUCCUAAAAUCUCUUAACAACAGACUGGUUGCACUGGAAGUUCAGAGGAAGGACGCUCGAGAUAGAAGACACCACUGGGAAUACACGAUACAAAGGAUCAAGAAUGCUCUGUCAGUUAAGAUGGACGAAUCUUCUGCGCUCAGCCAAGGAAUCAAUGACCUUUACCGUUGUAUGUGUCGCAAACUCAAGGUCGAGCCGAGCAUUCCUCUGAAUAAUUUUGAAGGUCAGGUGGACUUUAUUCAUAAAAAUAUCAUGUAUUACAAGGAAGUGUUAACUAUUGCAUCAGGGCUUAGGAAAACGGAGUUAAAAACUGGAAAUAAAAAAUAAAAAUGCUUCA